AUUUAAUUGUUCAUAGUCCAUAUCUAAUAUCAUUCUUUUUCAUUUAAGUUGAAACCUUGUAUAAUAUCUGACUUUACAAUUUUGUUCAUAAGGAGCUUAUUCAAAAAUGCCGCACGAUCCAGAUUACUCUUCAUAUAUAUCUCUGUGUCUGUCUGAAAUUCUAUAUGACAUUGGUUUGAACGAGGAAAUGGUUCUUAAAGAAAGAAGGGCAUGGCUUUUGAGAGAAUCUCUAACAACUUUAACACACAGAUUGAAAGGUUACCAGCGAACUAUUUACAUGUUUGGUAGUAUGACGGAGGGUUCAACAACACUUGCAUUGAAGUCAGACAACGACAACUUGAUUUGUGACUACAGCUGGAAUGUUGUCACUGACUUGAAGGACUGUAAACCAGGAGAGGUCAAUUAUGUAAUGUCCUACGAUGUUUCCACACCGCCAGGGUAUUGUCUUCUUCGUCUAGUGUUAGGUCAUGAUCCGUUCCAGGAACGAAUAUUUCGUACGCACGUAACGUCUCAAACCUUUUCUUGGAAUUCAAAUGAUGAUGGCGAAUAUGAAUUACAUGGACCAGCAAUACACGUAAAAGGACAGUUUGGCUAUAAUGAACAAGACUAUGUGAUUGCAUUACAUUGCAAAACAUGGCCAAGAUCGGCCCAGGCAUGGUUAGCCGGAGAGGGUAUAGGACGAUGGCCAACAAAAGAAAUGAAAUCAUUUGCAAAACAAAAUGGAUGCUUUCUCGUCGGUGUUGGCAGUAAAGACAGUGAAUUGGAACAGUUCGAAUGGAGAGUGUCUAUGUCUCAAGCGGAAAGAUGUUUAAUGUUUAGUCUAAAUAUUACGCAGAUAAGAUGUUAUGUCUUAAUGAAAAUGUUACUCAAAACAUUUAUCCAUCCUGAUGGCAACAGUGUCAUUUCAAGCUACAUGUGUAAGACUGUCCUUUUUCACUGCAUAACACAUUCAUAUUUAGGUUUUUGGCAGGAAUCCAAAUUGCUCUAUUGUUUAACGCUUUGUUUAUCAGCCUUACAAUAUUGUGUCCUUAUUGGUAACUGUCCACAUUUCAUAAUACAUGAGAACAAUUUGAUGGAGGGGCGAAUUACAACAAAAUUCAGGACAAUGUUCAUAGAACAAAUGCGUCGUAUAAUAUUAGACACUGAAUUGUCUUUGAGAAACGUUGUGUAUGAUAAUUUGGGUCUACGACUACAAUGUAAAAUGAAAAUGUAUUCCCGGAAAACUAAACUUCUAGCACCAACUGAAAAGCUAAGAGCUUUUGCCUCUGGUAUCCUACUACGUAAUACUGGAAAAUAUAUUCAAAUUUUUUAUAAAAUGGUCAUAUGUGUAGUACGAUAUGAAGACUUGGUUGUUGCUUUGCAAUAUAUACGUCAGUGCAAUUGUAAACUGGUAAAAUUUCAUAGAGUAGAUUAA